GACCCUCCCGGGUGGCUGCGUCCGCCAUGGACGAGAAUGACGUCGGUGGGAACCUCAAAGCCAAGAUCCAGCCCCGGCGGCCGGGGGAGACGAUCAAGGUUGCCGAAACCGUCUUGAGGCGACGGGACCGAAACCUCAAAGCCCAAGCGAAGCGCGCGGAGCAAAUUCAGCAGCAGAAGAAGAAAGCCAAGCAUACCAAAGGCAAGCUGAAGAUUAUCAAAGCAGAGACGCUGAUCAAGGAUGCACGGCUGAG